UGAGUGUGUGAGAUUCAUACAGUAUCAUGUGUAUCCGAAUCGGAUUCUAGCUUUCCUCCAACAGGCUGCUAAUUUGGCCCCCUGCCCUUGAACCCUCUCUCUCUGACCUUUGGUUUCUAGUUUCAAGUUGACCUUCCAAGACAGAUCUACAUACAACAAGACAUCGUACAGACAUGGCGGCCCAACGCCGUACCGUAACGGUUAUCACGAUACUGUUUGGAGUCCUUCUUGGUUGUUUGGGACGAUCUGACGAUGACCCUCGCCUGAUUGAUCUGACCUGGACGCUGAAGAUAGGGAUCCCUGUUCACCCCAUCUACCCUAACUAUACCUUCACCAUCAUCAACAGGGGUGUGACUGGCGCUCUUGGCGUGUACUUGGAGUCCAAUGAGAUCUACAUGAGCGAGCACACUGGGACUCACAUAGACGCACCCGCGCAUUUCGCUCAAGGAGCCUGGAGACUUGACCAGAUCCCCUUCGGUCACCUGACCGGCCCCGGAGUGAUGAUUGACGUGAGGGACAAGAUAGGCGACAACCCGGACUACCCCGUCACACCACAGGACUUACAGGACUGGGAACGAGAGUACGGGCGGAUCCCAGAUGGCGCCAUUCUCAUGCUCCGUACAGGUUGGGGCGAGCAGUUCUGGGAGGAAGGACCGGCGGCGUAUCUCGGCACGGACCACACAAGGAACGCCUCCUUGCUGCACUCGCCGGGACUGCACCCCGCCGCCGCCCAGUGGAUCGUGGACAACCGUGACGUGAAGGCGGUCGGGUUUGACACCAUCUCCGCAGAUCCUGGAGAUUCGACGACGUAUGAAACUCACCUGAUCCUCCUGCCCAACAACGUCCUCAUCCUAGAGAACGUGGCCCACCUGGACGAGAUGCCCCCUACCGGAUCCACCGUGUAUGCCAUGCCCAUCAAGAUCGGUGAUGGAAGCGGAGCUCCCUCUCGAGUUUUUGCAAUCGUCGAUGACCGAACCAGCGCGGGGGUAACGACUACGCCAAACUUAAUCUUCAUUGUAACUUCAGUUAUCAUGAUUAUCUUACAGGCCCUGUGAGAUAAGCAUAGUAUCUAAUACAGGUAACAGUUAUCUGAUUGGUAAUACACGUGAGAACAUUACAUUAAAAGUAAAUAUACAGAGAUUCUUUAUUGACACAACAAAAAAGUA